CUAACCUGUGAGGCUGAUCUCUGAAACACUUCUAGACUCUGACUCUAAAACUAAACUCUGAAACUGAACUCUUUUUUAGUCUAACGCUGCAAAGUCUCAAAGUUUGGGAAAAACUGGAUUUGGAUAAAAGCUGAGAGAAAAGUGUAAAGAAAAACUACAUCCGAGCAAAGAGAGAGCUAGUGUUGAAGCUGCAGAAAAUACAGGUUCAAAUCAAGACUUCCCGCUCUGACCCAUCAUGGACGUCUCCGACCCGCAGACUCUCGGCUUCAUGGUCUUCGGAGGCUUCAUGUUCAUCUCGGCGGUCGGCAUCGCCCUGGUGUCGACCCUCUCCAUGAAGGAGACGUCGUACGAGGAGGCACUCGCCAAGCAGCGCCGCAAGCAGCCGGCGCCGACCCGAGCUGAGAAGAAGAAGAAGGACAAGAACCAGGAGAAGAAGAACAAGGCCAAGAGGAAGGAAGACCGACCCGAGGAGAAGCCGGAGGAACCGGGUAGCGACGGCGGUGAGGAGGUGGUCCCAAUCGAACCAGAAUCUGAACCUGAACCUGCCUCUGAGCCUGAGCCCGAACCUACACCAGAACCAGAACCAGAACCCAUCGUGGUGGCCCCCACCAUCGAAGCUCCUCCAGCCACCGCGCCAAAGGAGAAGAAGAAGAAGAAGUCUGCCAAGCUGGAGCCGUCCCCGGCAGUGGAGCCGGCCUCCAAGGAGGUCCUGCUGACGGCGGCGGCGCUGGUGGUCGACGUUUCUCCCGUUAACGUUGCCGCUAAAGUUACCAAAGAACCACCGGUCGCUAAAACUGAAGAACCCAAAGAGUCUACGGGCAACAAGAAGAAGAACAAGAGCAAACCAGAGCCAGUGAGCGACUCUUCUCUGCUGUACGGAGAGCUGCUGUCCGCCCUGUCCAACGGGACGCUCAGCGAGGACCAGACCCACAAACUGAUGGAGGUCCUAAACCAGAAGGCCGGCAGCUCCUGGCAGCUGGCCUGCCAGAAAGGAGACCCUCUGUCCACCCUGAAGAAGCAGCUGGAGGAGAAGGAGAAGCUUCUGGCGGCCGAGCAGGAAGUCGCCGCCGCUGCCAAGACCCGCGUCAAAGAGCUCAGCAAGGAACUUGGUGCAGAGAAAUCCAAGAUGGGGUCUCUGGAUGCACGUCUGAAGACGGAGCUGAGCGCCUCGACUCAGAAACUGGAUGCCAUGCGGGUCAGCAUGGAGGCCGGCGACCAGGAGCACCUGAAAUUCACCGAGGCGCUGAACCAGAAGAUCGGGGUUCUGCAGGACCAGCUGGAGAACGGUCCGAACGCUCAGCUGGCUCGGCUGCAGCAGGAGAACUCCAUCCUGCGGGACGCUCUGAACCAGGCCACCAGCCAGGCGGAGAGCCGGCAGAACGCGGAGCUGGCCCGCCUGCGGACGGACUGCCUGCGCCUGGGCCGCGAGCUAACGGAGCGUAGCGACGCUCUGCGGGCUGAUGAGGAGCACCGCCGGGGCCUGGAGGCAAAGAUAGCCGCCGCUGAGCAGGAAGCAGCCCAAGCCUGGCUGCAGCGUGAGGACACUGAGCGCACUCUGCAGCAGCAUCUGAAGGAAGUGAGUUUGGAGCUGAAAGCCGCCCAGCAGGAGGCCACCGCCGCUAGCCAGCUGCAGGGGGCGCUGGCGUCCAGAGAGGCGGACCUGCAGGAGCUCCGGGCCCAGCUGGAGAGCCAGGCUGCAGGACAGGGGGAGCAGGCGUCUGAGGCGGAGCAGCUGAAGAGCAGCUUGCAGGUCAGAGACGAGCAGGUCGGCGUCCUGGAGGCGGAGAUUACUGCGCUGAGGGCGGAGCUACAGCUGAUGACAUCACAGAGAGAGAAGGUUGAAGCCGGAGAUCAGACGCAGAAAGAGGGCUCAGGAAGUGAGACAGAGUCUGAGCAGCCGUUCGAAAGUCUGGAGGGUGACUCCCAGCUGUUGCGUUUGGAGGAGGAGCUUCAGCUGGUCAGGGAGGAGCUGCAACUGGAGCGUAACCACGGCAGCGGCCAGGAGGUGGCGCUGCCGGCAGCGUGGAGUGAGGGCGAGCGGCGGGAGGCGGAGCUUAGCGAGGCGCUGGCUGCAGCGGAGGCCAGGUGUGCGACCCUGAGCUCGGACUUCCAGGCGUCGCUGCAGCGUCUGUUCCCCGACGUCUCCCUGGAGGCGGAGCAGAGCGACUGGCUGGAGCUGUUCACUCAGAGCGCUCACUGCCAGCUGCAGGGGAGGCUGGUGGAGGCCGACAGGAAGAAGCUCCAGGACACGGAUCCGGCCGAGGCUCCGGAGGCCGAGGACACUCAGCAGGUCCGUCUCUUAUUGAGUGUGUGUGAGACGCUACCUCUGAAGGAGCAGCUGAUGCUGCUGGAGGCUCAGCUGGAGAGACAGCUGGAGGAGGCGAGUGUGUCUCAGAGCUUCAGCCUGGAGCUGUCUCAGUUGCAGGCUCAGGUGCAGCAGCUGUCCGUCCAGCUGCAGGUGGAGCAGCAGCAGCGGCAGCAGCUGGAGCUGGAGCUGCAGCAGGCUCGACAGGAAGUGGUGUCUCAGCAGGAGGUGGAGGCGGCUCCGCUCCAGGAACACACCUUUGAGCAGGUGGAGGAGGUCCAGACUGAGGAGCAGGUCCAGAUGGAGGAGGAAGUCCAGAUGGAGGAGGUGGUCCAGAUAGCGGAGGAGCUGGAAGUCCAGAUGGAGAAGGAGGUGCAGAUGGAGGAGGACCAGACCGAGGAGGAGGUCCAGACCAAGGAGGAGGUCCAGAUAGCAGAGGUGGUCCAGAUAGUGGAGGAGCUGGAAGUCCCGCUUGAGGAGGUAGAGGUGUUGGGGGAGGUCCAUAUAGCAGAGAUGGUCCAGGAGAGGGCGGAGGUCCAGAUAGCGGAAGAGGACCAGAUAGCAGAGGAGGUCCAGGAAAGGGCAGAGGUCCAGAUAGCGGAGGAGGACCAGAUAGCGGAUGAGGUCCAGGAGGCGGUGGAGGUCCAGGAGAAGGUGGAGACGCCGGUGUGAGACCCCCUCCUGUUCUCACGCUAACAUGAAAUCCCGAUGAAAAGUGACCAAAGGUUCAGAGUGUUGUUGUCCCGCAGAGAACGCUCCGUGAUGUUUUACUGGAACCAAAUAAACUGAGACUCCUCAACUGCUGACUCUCCUGGUCUAUCUUUGAUAUGAAUCCUCUUUCAGUCUGGGUCAGGGUCUAGACUUAUUAGGCGUCCUCUGGAUGCUAACGUGAGGUCUGUUGGAGAACCCCCCAGACUCCUCAGUGCGCUGUAGAAACUUUCUGGAGUUUUAACAUUGUUAUUUUUCUACCACAGGUUUCUUUUCUUCUCAUUGAUCAGUUUUUCAUUAUUCUAUAUUUAAAAAAACUCAACUACUUUUUUCCACUCGUUAUUCAAACGUUUAAUAUCUCAAGAUUAAACAAAAGAUUAUAAAGUCA